UAAAAAUCUUAGAAAUCCAAUAGCGCAUUGGUUACUGAUUAAGAGUUAUUAUCAGUAAGAAUAAUAUUAGUAAUUAUUAUUAUGCCAAUCAUCGCGAUUAGGUUACUACUUCUUGUACUUUUGCUGCGGGUUCUCGUGCUCCACCGAUUAAUAUGGUAAAUAAAUCUCAGCCUGCUUUUCCGACACCACUUAUCUGAAGACACGAUUCCAUGGAGCACUUGGAGAUUGAGAUUACAGUCUUCGAUUAGACGUCCUCGUCAUUCGGGACGAGUAAAGUUCAGUGGCAAAUGAAAUAGAGUCGAUCGAUGACUCAACGGAUCGGUUUGCUGAUAAUCCCCAUUUGGGUUGGCCAGUUGGCUUUCUGGCCAUUUGGGUCUUUAGAAGACCACCGCCCAGUUUAUAAUGGAUAUAAAACGAAUUGAGCUGCGAGUCGUAUAAACUUUACGAUAUCAUUGCAGAAGUUUAUGAAAAUCCAAAAUACUAAUCAUGGAUGAUCGCUAGAUUCGCCAUUUUGGUGAUAAGUGAUAAGCUGGCUACUCCAGCCCUAUAUAAGGGGCCCGAAUCGAACCACAUUUCAAGUUUAACCAUGUCGCUACGUUUGGGUUUGUGUCUUUUGGCUGCACUUGGUGUGGUAAUCCCCACGGAUUCCGCCUCCAUAAGCACCCACAUUGUGGGUGGAGAUCAGGCGGACAUCGCUGACUAUCCGUACCAGGUGUCCGUUCGCCUGGAGACCUACAUGCUGCUCCACAUCUGCGGUGGUAGCAUCUAUGCACCACGGGUCGUCAUCACCGCUGCCCACUGCAUCAAGGGACGCUAUGCCUCGUACAUCCGGAUCGUGGCUGGUCAGAACUCGAUUGCCGAUCUGGAGGAGCAGGGCGUUAAGGUCAGCAAGCUGAUCCCCCAUGCCGGCUACAAUAAGAAAACGUAUGUGAAUGAUAUCGGUUUGAUCAUCACUCGCGAGCCAUUGGAGUACUCAGCACUGGUGCAACCCAUUCCUGUGGCCCUGGAGGCUCCGCCGUCGGGUGCCCAUGCCGUCGUAAGUGGUUGGGGCAAGCGGACCGAAGAGGAUGAAGCUCUGCCCGCCAUGCUGCGCGCCGUUGAGCUGCAGAUCGUCGAGAAGAGCACCUGCGGUGCCCAGUAUCUGACCAAGGACUACACGGUGACCGAUGAGAUGCUCUGCGCCGGCUAUCUGGAGGGCGGCAAGGACACCUGCAACGGCGAUUCCGGUGGACCCUUGGCCGUGGACGGAGUCCUGGUGGGUGUGGUGUCCUGGGGCGUGGGCUGCGGCAGGGAAGGAUUCCCGGGUGUCUACACCAGCGUCAAUUCCCAUAUCGAUUGGAUCGAGGAGCAGGCGGAGACGUAUCUCUAAAAAUGUGGAUAGCUUCACAAGCACAACGCGAACAAAUUAAUCGAACAAAUUAUUAUUUUACCACAAUAAUAAAUAUCAAAUGA